GGCAGAGUCUGACUCCCGAGCAGACAGACGGCAUAACGUCGACCCUCCGUUCCCUAGGCGAGGCCUCGCGAAUCGCCCUGCAAGCCACCUGUCAGUUUUUGCCCUCCAUUUGCUGAUCGAAUCAUGCCUUGGCUGAGACUGCUCCUUGAUAGCACCACAAUUGACAGGUCGCCCGUCGACAUAUCUGGUAAAGUGAGUAUCUUUAUUGAAUCCUGUGCAUCCGAAGUGGCGAACCCUCUCCCCGGACUUGAGUCCAGCCAACGCAAUGAGUGCCAACAUCCUGGUACUGAAGGGCCGGACAAGGUGUAACGGAGUUGCCAAUGUAUAUAUCGACAAGUGACACCUGUAGGAAGGCUCCUCAACCUUCUCGACUCUGGAUUUGUGCACCUCAAGACAACCUUUCAAAAUGUUGGAAUCUACUGAUGCAAUCCUAAUGGGCACAAGCAUUGUCCUCUCCCUGUCGACCCUAGUGUCGAUAUCGGUACAGUUGGAGAGACAAUUGACGACUGCUGGCCGGCUAGACGCAAGCAAGUGGUUUCUUGUGACAAGUGCGGUCUUUGCCAUGAUAAUGACAGGAUUGGUCUGUGCAGCCGCUGCUCACGGCCUCGGAGCUUCGAUUUCUCGAGAAGAGUUUGGGAGACGGGAGAAGCUACAGAAGCUCCUUAUCGCGGUCCUCCCUCCCUACUUCCUCUGCAACAUGUUCGUCAAGCACGCUUGGCUUACAUUCUACUAUGCACUGGCACGAACUCGCACUCAAAGAUGGAUCAUCCACUUUAUGCAGCUCGUUGCCUUCGGGUUCGGAAUCAGCUCCAUCCUCGUAAUCCUGCUGCAAUGUAUACCAUUGAGCCAUGUUUGGACAAGAGCUCGAGAUCCACCCCCAGAGGAUGACGCACACUGUGUCAAUCUGAUGGCAUACUUCUACUUCAACGCAGCCUUUAUGGUUGUGAAUGACACUGUGAUGUACAUGCUACCGGUCUUUCUGCUACGGAAUGUCGAUAUGUUGAGAGGACACCGAUGGGGGAUCUACACACUGUUUGCCGUCGGUGGAGUCGUUGUGCUGGCAAGCAUAUUGCGUCUCAUAGCCGUCCAUGAGCUGGACAAGUCGAACAAUUUCUCCGAAAACUAUGCACUCAUUUUUCUCUGGGCGGCGGUCGAAAAUCACUUGGGGAUCUGCGUAGCAUGUGCCGGCGCUGUCAAGCAGAAGACAAUCCGUGCGGUUGACAGCAUCAGAAAGUCAUACGGGUCAAUCCGGCACAAGCCAUGGCCACCGACGUCCUUCACCAUGGUGACGCAGGACACCGAACAUCGAAACUUAUACACACGCCCCAGCAGUAUGCCUUCGCCCACAGCAGCCUCUGACAACAAGGAUGGGGAUGUCCACUUGGAGCUGCACCAAGUGCCAUCCAACGCCAAUACUGCCACUACGGUGACAUCACCGGUUUGAUAUCCCUCGCCGCAGUGUUGGCCAUCUCAUUUUGGAAUGUCUUUUUCUUGGAUCAUGGAGAAGUGAACAAAUAUAUGAUCUGACAGAGAUGAUUCGAGCCAAGAAUGACUGGCCAGAGUGUAUGUAUUGACCGGGAAAGUGAAAGUAAGUCCGCGAUGAACGAGGUUAUGAAGGAUAUGAAAGACAUGAGGAGUAUGAGCGAUAUGAGGAGGGAUAUGAGGAAAAUUGACGUGGAUGAAAAGCUAUCUCAAAAUCUAGUGUGUAAUUCUAGUUUUCUUUCAGCAUCCCAUUGAUGGCCGUGAAGUUACAUGCC